AUGUCACUAAGUCGUGAAGAUUCCGUUUACUUGGCCAAGCUAGCCGAACAAGCCGAACGUUAUGAGGAGAUGGUGGAGAGUAUGAAGGCUGUUGCCUCCUCUGGACAAGAAUUGUCUGUUGAGGAGCGUAACUUGCUAUCAGUUGCUUACAAGAACGUUAUUGGGGCCCGUCGUGCUUCUUGGAGAAUCGUGUCGUCAAUCGAACAGAAAGAGGAGGCUAAGGAGAAGUCCGAACACCAAGUCAAACUUAUCCGCACCUACCGCUCCAAGAUCGAAUCUGAGCUAACCAAGAUCUGUGACGACAUCCUAUCCGUGUUGGACACCCAUUUGAUUCCAUCCGCUACUACCGGUGAGUCCAAGGUGUUCUACUACAAGAUGAAGGGUGACUACCACCGUUAUCUAGCCGAGUUCUCUUCCGGUGAGGUGAGAGAACACGCAACAAAUUCCUCUUUGGAAGCUUACAAAACCGCCUCGGAGAUCGCCACCACUGAGUUGCCUCCUACGCAUCCUAUCCGUCUAGGUUUGGCUUUGAAUUUCUCCGUUUUCUACUAUGAAAUCCAGAAUUCUCCAGACAAGGCCUGUCAUUUGGCCAAGCAAGCCUUUGACGAUGCUAUUGCUGAAUUAGACACACUGUCAGAGGAGUCUUACAAAGACAGCACUCUGAUCAUGCAAUUGUUGAGAGAUAACUUGACUUUGUGGACUUCAGACAUGUCUGAGGCUGGACAAGACGAGCAGCUGCCAGCGGAAGGAAACCAAGAGUGA